AUGGGAGGAAUAUGUUAAGCGAAUAGAGGAUAUCCAAUAUAAGAAUAAGAUCAUUUUGAGUGCAUCUUGCCAGCAGAGAUUAAACCAUAUGAGAUGAAGAGUAAUCUUAUAGAAGUAUAGGAGAUGUGUGCUACAAAAAUACAAGCAUUAUUUAGAGGGCAUACAGUUCGAAAAUAAGUAGGAUUUUAUAAUAUGGAUAGAAAAAAGAACUUGAAGAGUCUUAUUAUCCAGAUUCAAAGGUAGCAGUAAAAACAGAUCAGGUUCCAGAAAUAUUCCAUCAUGAAGUUUCAAAGGUCAUGCUAUAAUUAGGAGCUUUUGACUAUUCAAAAUGUUAAUCAAUUACUGGAGCUAAGACUUUAUGUGCUUAUUAAUAUAUAGAGAAGGGAGGAAUUUAUAUAGGUUAGUGGAAAGAUCAUAAAAGAAAUGGUAAAGGGUAGUACAUAUUUCCAGAUGGAUCAAUUUAUGAAGGUAAUUGGGUAAAUGAUAAAGCAAAUGGUUAUGGUAGAUUGAUAAUGACAAAUGGUGAUUAUUAUGUAGGAGAAUGGAAAGAUGAUAAAAAUGAUGGAUACGGGAUUUAUGUUCAUUCAGAUAAGUCUAGUUAUGAAGGAGAAUGGAAGGAAGAUCAUCGUCAUGGUAAAGGAAAAGAGAUUUGGGCAGAUGAAUCAGCAGUUUUUGAAGGAUAAUUUGUGAUGGGUGUAAAGGAAGGAUAUGGAGUUUAUAAAUGGUCUGAUGGAUCAAGUUAUGAAGGAGAAUUUAAAAAAGGAUUAUUUAGUGGGAAAGGAAUUUAUAGUUGGCCAGAUGGAAGUACAUACAAGGGUUAAUGGUCUAAUAAUAAGAUGAAUGGAUAUGGAGAAAUGAAUUGGUCAGAUAUGAGGAAGUAUAUAGGUAUAGAUUAAUCAUGAUGAGGGGAAUUACAGGGAUAAUAAAAAGGAAGGUUAUGGAGAAUAUUAUUGGCCUGAUGGUAGAGUGUACAAAGGAUAGUGGCUAAAUGGAUUGUAACAUGGAGAGGGUAUUUAUAUAGACAGAUUUGCAAGAGAGAUUUCUGGAGAAUGGUGUGAAGGAUAAAGAAGAU